AUCCCAGCACCAAAUCACAGGAAUCAGGUUCACCUGGAUCCCCGGCGGUGCACCUGUCGCGAAAGUAGUUCACCUGCGCUUUACCUCGGAUUUUACUUGCUGAUCAAAAUGUCUCAAUAGUCCCCGCUGAUCCGUACAGUCUUAUCUACACAUCUAAACUAAUCAAUAGCCAUGAAGAGGGGAACGAUGUAUUUUCUGGGUCGGAAGAACCAGUCUCUUUUCGACACCAAUAUCAAAAUCAAGGACAUGGACAAUGUGGAGUUGGUGCUGAAUUCACCAUCGAUCCUUGAAUCAGGGACUGCCAGUGUGCGGGCCAGACCCACCGUCAAGCAUCACGCUUCAUCUGAUAGUUUUCAAGGGUUUGCUGUCCCGACACCCAAAGUCCCCCUCCUUCCACCUGUUAAUGGUCCAAAGGCCAACGGUUCAGUCAGUGGAAAUCAGUUGUGCAAUGGAUCAGUUAUAUCAGUGCGUGACCUUGAGGAAGGGGAAAUAUUUGUUCCUCCCCCUCCCUCUAUGGCACCUCCACCCCCUCCAGGAACUUUUGUCCCUCCUCCACCAGACUUCAUGGGUGACCUAAACACUCUAGGCCUGGCAACCGUUCAGUCUCCUUCCACGCCUGCUCCAAAACCCACUUCACUGGCGUUGUCCAUGGAGGAGGAGGAUCUAGCCUCCUUAAAACCGCCACCAAUGGCUCCACCAAAGCCUCCAUCUACUUGCUCUACCAGCUCUGCAUCAUCCAUACCCAUUUCUAGUCCACCACCAACCAAAUCUCCUGAGCAUCCAAAAUUUGCCCCUCCACCGCCCCCUACUGAAAAGCAACACAAGAGUCAUAAAACACCACCUCCAAAGCCCAUUAGACUGUCCUCUAUCUCCAACAUUGACUCCCCACCACAGACUCCUGCCCCACCUCCCCCUGUGCAGACACCCACACUCUCCACCUUUAAUCCCCAAAACACAGCAAAGCUUUACAAUGUUCCUAAAACCUCAGUGCUCAGUGGGUAUGAGAAUUGUGACAGAAGAUCCAAGCAGAUGUUACUCUUGGAAGAUUCAGGUUCCAUUAAUUCUGCCCCAGUGCUUGUCAAGGUGGAUGGGACAACCCCUAAAGUGCCUAGACUAUCGUCUAAACUUCUACCCGAAGACUUACUGGAGCUGAAAGAGAACCAACAACCAAUAAGCCAGCCCUCUCAACCACCACCACCUGAGCUAAACAAUGAGGUUAAAACAGAGACAGUUUCAGCACAGCCAGAAAUAACCAAACUGCUCCAAACUCCACCUCAGAAGUCACCACAGCUUCAGAAAGCGAACAGUUCUCAGAUGAAUUCAGGGCCCAGCAAGGACAAACCCGAAGUAUCUCUAAGUCAAAGUCCUAAAUACAGUCCAUUAAUAGAUCGUAAACUACGCAACCUGAAGAGUACUGAAACCAGCGGGGCACGAGAGGGACCUGCAGCUUCUCCACUGGCUCUAUUGAUGGCAGCUAAGGAACGAGAGAAACACAGAUCAGUUCACUCCCUGUCGCGGCAAAACAGCACCACGAAGAACGAGCAGCCGAGUGCAACCAUUUACCCGAGUGACCGGAGUCCCAAUUCCUUUGUUGUCAUCCCAAGAUCAAGCUCAUCCUCUUCUCUUACAUCUCAAGAAAGAAUUCAGGAGAGUCCAAACUCUGUCAGUCCUGUGGAACAUACUCAAACAAUUCGGACUCCAGAAAAGUCCAGCAGUCCUGCACUGGUCAGGCAUCUGAUGCCAUCUGUCACUCCAGCUCUCAGUGGGAUCACAGCAGCUGCAUCCUCAAGUGCUACCAACCCGGUGGAGCAGAAGCAAAAUGCAGAGCAAAGCCCUCCAAAGACUCCAUCUGCACAGCCUGAAGAUAAUAAGGAGGACUUAAGUAUGCCAUUACUCCCUCCUCCUCCAGAGUUUGAUGAUUUAGAAGAGAUUAUGGAGCACCCUCCCGCCAUCCCUCCACCUGACCCUCCUGUGAAAAAGGCACCAACACCAACUGUGAGCCUUCCUCCUCCGGCUCCAUCCCCUCCUCCGGCUCCAUCCCCUCCUCCUAAACCUCCAGCAGCUCCAAAACUCCCUCCUCCUGAUGCUGAUGUCAAACCAAAGCCUCAAGUCCAGGCAAAACCCCAGGUGGCCCCUACUAAGCCACAGUCCGCUCUUUCACCAAGUCAGGCAACACUCCUGAGCAUCCUACAAAAGAAGAUGUUGGAAAUGGACCACAAAAUAGCUCCAGCGAAGGAGGCAGAGUCCAGUUCUGAUGACUGGGGUGCCCCCUUGUCUGAUGAGGACAAUAAGGUCCCUGUUGUCCCCAGAGCCACACCACAGAGCAAGAAUUACCCUGUGGUCAACAAAGCAGCAACCCUGGACAUGAAGGAAUUGGAGGAUAAAGUGGCCAAAAAAUAUCAGGAGACAUCCUCGAAAGUUCCCACCAGAAAUGGACCGUCAAAACAUCCGUAUGGUAUGACCUUUACAGUUCGGCCUGGAACCAAACAGCCCAUUACACUUGUUAGUAAGGGGGAAUCUUAAAAAUGUGUUGAAAUUAGAUACAUCUGUACACCACGCAUUACAUGUGAUUGUACAAUGUGAUUUUGCAUUAGCAGGAAUUUGUACAAUGGGGAAAAAGCACUUUGAACAAAUAUGUUACGAAUGUCUCAUAACAAUGGUCUGCUCAGUUAUGAAUGAUGUAGUCUGAAUGUAUUGCUCAAUCUCCAGAGGACACACAGUCACUGUAAAAUAAUCAGUCUCCAUGCCACAUGGGUAAUAUCCAUAGUAUACGCAAAAUCAAUUAAUAAAAUGCUUUAUGCUUAAGUUAUUCAUAGCUGUCAAUUGUAAGCUGAGUGAAAAUGUAUCUACAUUAUACAGUUAUUUGUAGAACAUGAAAAGUCUUUCAUAGAUUUAUGUGUAAUCUCUAAAACUGUAAAAUACAAUAAUAAUGUACAAUGUAAUUUUGUGGCCUAUGCUGUAAUUACAUGUCCCAUAACCGUAAUGUUCUUUCACUGUUACAUGUAAAUUAUGUGGCUCCACUGAAUCAAAGUCAAAAUUUAAUUCAGACAAGCGUCAGAGCAUGUUGAUCCCUCAUUAGGAUUGUUUCUCAUAUUUAUUGCUCUAGGAAAUGUAUUUCCGUUUAACAGUUAUUUGCUGCAGUUAAAUUUGUGUCAGUGUAGCUAUACUCAUGUUGUUCUUGAUGUACAUAUAAGUUUGUAUAAGAUUAAAGUAGGAAUUAGAUAUUGAAACAUGUUGUUUGUACAUGUUAAGGUUAUGUAAUCAAAAUAUUUAAAACAUAUUGGUCAUAAAUUAAUCAGAGUUGUUCAUCCACACAAAAUGUUGUCAAGCAACUCCCUAACCGGGAAAUUAAUUCAAGCAGUAAUUGCAUGUUUUAAUAAAUGUCCUUACGUUUCUUUGUG